UUCAGAGAACGUGAUACAUAACUUGCAUAUCAGCACGUAUAGAUUAUUCUGUAUCUGCGACUCGCAAAAAGUCAAAUUAUCCGAAGUAACCAAACAUCCCUACCGAAGACCACUCGUUCUCCUCUCCACCGCAUUGGGGGAGGGACACUGCCGAUCCAACAUUCAUGGUCCAAGCGCCUCGGCUUCAUAUGACUUCAGUAGUUUCGUCUUCGAUCUAUUUAUGAAGUACUUAUCUCAUCUUUAGACCCUUUUGGCAGUUUUCGCACAAGGAGAGAAUUAAUUGCAUGAAGCCUUUUUAGUCUUGUUUGUGUUGGACCGUUUUUCAAGUUACAACAUGGCGUGGCGAAGUCUAAAUCCUUUCCGAAGGCAGACAGAGAAUACUCGAUAUUGCUGGGGCUACGAAUUUGAAUGGACAGAAGACCACUUCACACCUGAGCGCUCGGAAAAGCUCAAGCACUCCUACGAUGUCCUCGCAGAAGAAUGUCUGGACCGCUUGAAUGCUAUUUCGCCACCAGCGAAUAAGGGAUCACUGCCCAGAAGCAAUAGCAGCCAGCAAAACCAAGCACCCGACACAACUGUAAACGGAGAGAAGUCUAAAGAGCCACUAUUGGUGCCGCAAAGAGACCUUUAUGCAUUACUCGUGGAACAUCACGAGUCCGAUCCGAAGCUGCAAGAGCUCUGGGACGAAGUGAACACCAUCCCAGAAUGGGUCGAUUGGGAGCAGCUCGAACGGGGCCAGGAUGUUUUCUAUCGGUAUGGAGGACCAGCUUUGACGGGUCUCACGUUCCAAUCCCUACUCGGCGGGAUGGGUGCUGCCCGAGUUGUAGAAACGCUCGCCCGCACCGGUGGCUUCUCGACGAAAGUGGCAAGAAGACGACUAUUCGAGACGACACAGCAUAUACUUCAAUGCACCCGCUCCCUCGAAUCUCUCAAGCCGGGAGGAGAGGGACAUGCUUCAUCCGUUCGCGUUCGACUCCUGCACGCCGCGGUCCGCCAACGCAUCCUCAAGCUCGCCAAACAACGCCCGAGCUACUACAACGUCGAGGAAUGGGGAGUCCCCGUCAACGACCUCGACCAGAUGGCAACCAUCGGCACCUUCUGCGCGACACUGAUCUGGAUCAGUUUCCCCCGCCAGGGCAUCUACCUCCGCGAGCAGGAAAAGACCGACUACGUCGCGCUCUGGCGCUACAUCGGCUACCUCCUCGGCACGCCGCACGAAGACUUCUCCACGGCUGCCAAAGCAAAAGCCGUCAUGGAAUCCCUCUUCUACAACGAAGUCCACCCGUCCGACAUGUCCAAAGUGCUCGCCAACAACAUCAUCCACGCGCUCGAGAAACAGCCACCAACCUACGUCUCAGCGGACAUGCUGAUCGCCAGUGCGCGCUGGCUGAACGGCAAUGAGCUUGCCGACGCCCUCGACCUCCCGCGCGUGUCGUUUUACUACUGGGCGCUCAUGGCGGGGCAGUGUCUGUUCUUCAUUACGCUUUGCUACAUUUACCGCGCGAUCCCAUACCUCGACCGCCGUAAGAUUGCCCGCCUGAAGAAAUUGUUCUACGCCGUCAUUGUCGAGGCGAAGUGGGGUCUCGCGGGUACGGAGACCAUGUUUGAGUUCAAGUACGUGCCCGAGUACGAGACAGUGACGGACAUGGGCAAGAUGAGUGGUUCCAAGCUUGUGGGGUCGAGUAUUGAGUGGAGGAACCUGAGGACGUUGGGGAUCUUUCUGGGGGUUGUGGGGUUGUCGGCUUGGACUUCUGUUCGCGUUGCUUCGGCGGCGUUGGGGAGGAUCUUUUGAUGCGUUACCCAGGGAGCUGUCGUUGGCUUUUCGAUGGAUCCAUUGUUUCUUUUAUGGGGGAGGGGUGGUUUCUCGUCUCUUUGCCUGUUAGCACAGCGUUCUUGCCACGAAAUUGAUGUACUCGACUCGACUUUGAAGUAGCGGGAUCGGAAAUGGCUUCAUGACUCU